AUGGAGACUCCACAGGUGCCAGCAGCUGCCUACGUGCCCGGGGGCCCAUCAAAUGAGCCAACCACCGCCUUGCCAACUACUACUACGCCCGCGAACAACACUACCAAACCCCGACCACCGAUCUACGACUACGAAAAGCCCACAAAAUGGGCCGAAUUCAAACGCAUGUGGAAGGGCGGUUUUGAAGACGAUGCAGAGAAAUCCAGAUGGAGUUUAUGGUGGGCUAUAUUUAUCGGCACCCUCGUCUUUAUUGGCGCCGUCCUCCUUCUUGUACUGAUCGGCGUCUACUACCACCCUUCGCCGGAUCGCAUUAAUGGUCCAACAAGCACGAGCACAACAAAGACCCAUAGAGCUACUGCUACCACCCUGAAAGCUCUGAUCCCAGCUUCUUCUGAUAAUGGCCAGAAUAUCCACGUCGCUAUGGUCCGACCAACGGAUGCUCCGCUACCCAAGCCCGCUCCAGUUCAGUAUACGGAAGCUGUAUUUGAUGCCCAAGUCGAAAAGAUGCGGAAAGAGGGCGAAGCCUCGCUCCUCGAAACUCGAGCCUUCAGUAGGGUACCGGCUCCUCCUUACCUCGAUGCUUGCCAAGUGAAUAGCGAGUGUGACUGGGGAUACCGGUGUAUUGAAGGAACCUGCUACCCUGGCUGUGACUCUAACAGAGACUGUCGCGAUGUACACAAGUGCAAUCAUUGGAAGCAUGAUGGGCCGAGUUUUAAAUACUGCAUGGUCGGGCCGCAUAAGGAGUGCAGCGUUCACCUCGAUUUCUGUCGCAAUGAUGAUGAGUGCUGCUCUGGUCGUUGCAAGUCGAAGGGGAAGUGGAAGCUUUGCCAGCCUAGUAAAGGUCGACAGGAUUAA